ACGAAAGAGAAGUGCGGAAUAAAAGAGAUGUGCGACGCCAUGACUCUUGAGGUUGUUGGCGUGGGGCCAAAGCAUUCUAAGCAGCCACAACCUUCGAGAAUGGGUCAGUUCAAAACCCCCGACCUACCCAGCUCCAACACCUACUCCUCUCAACAACCACCAAUUCAAAGCGCCAAAAAGCUGUUAGGACCUGCCACUCCUGCCAUUACAGCUCAUCAUGCUUCCAGAUUUUCAAGACCCAUUGGCUCCCUGGUCCUCCAGAGCAGGCAGAGUUUCUCUUUUAGGUCUCAUGCAUCAAGCUUGGCGAAGAGAGGCAUUCAAUCUGUACAAGCCACUGCAACUUCCGCUGGGUCAUUGACAAUAAAGAAAAGGGUGGAUGAAAGUGAGAACCUGACUCUAGAGGGUAUAAGACGAUCCUUAAUUCAACAGGAGGAUAGCAUUAUAUUUAGCCUUUUGGAAAGAGCUCAAUAUUGUUAUAAUGCGGAUACUUACGAUCCUAAUGCUUUCUCCAUGGAUGGGUUCCAUGGCUCUUUAGUUGAAUACAUGGUCAAAGAAACCGAAAAGCUUCAUGCUCAGGUGGGCAGAUUCAAGAGCCCUGAUGAGCAUGCUUUUUUCCCAGAUGAGCUACCAGAACCAGUGUUGCCACCUUUGCAAUACCCACAGGUACUACAUCCUUUUGCUGACUCAAUUAAUAUAAAUAAGAAAGUGUGGGACAUGUAUUUUAGAGAUCUUGUCCCGAGAUUAGUCGAGGAAGGAGAUGAUGGCAACUGUGGAUCAACUGCUGUUUGUGACGCAAUGUGCUUGCAGGCUCUUUCGAAGAGAAUCCAUUAUGGUAAAUAUGUAGCAGAGACCAAAUUUCGAGCCUCUCCAGAUGCCUAUGAAGCUGCCAUUAAAGGACAGGACAGGCAAAGACUGAUGGAUAUGCUGACAUAUCCAAAAGUUGAAGAGGCAAUUAAAAGGAGAGUAGAAAUGAAGGCCAAAACUUAUGGCCAAGAGGUGACAGUGGAUUUAGGAGAAGAUGGAGCUGAACCUGUUUACAAGAUAGUACCAAGCUUGGUUGCUGACCUAUAUGGGGACUGGAUCAUGCCAUUAACGAAGGAAGUUCAAGUUGAGUAUCUGCUUAGAAGGUUGGACUGAGUGGAGUUUAUAUAUCGUCACACACUCAUUUAGCUGAAUGAGUAGAGUUUGUGUCUCCCGGUAUUUAAGCAAAUGAAAGACUCUUUGUGCUUAAAAUAAAUAAAUAAAAGACUUUGUGGAUAGUGACUUUUAACGAUUA